CGCUUUUUUCAUUAGCUAGCGGUGUUUCUGAUCGGCUCCUUCUCCAAGUACUGACAAAACCAGCAGGGCAGUGGGCAGAACAAGUGGGCCGCUGAUCUCCAACUUCCACACAGAAAAGCAAGCCGGGAGCCAGGCUGAGUGAACAGGAGAAGGAAGCAGGAGCACCGGAUUCCCAGCACGGAGGCAGCACGUGACCUGCUGGCACCCAGGCACUGGAUGCUUGCAGUGUGUUCCCAAAGCUGCCCAGCUCCCCGCACCGCAUGCUGCCAAGCCAAACCCUCAGCUAAAUGAAGCCCUGAACACCCAUCAGGCUGUACCAGGAGCUGGCUGGUGGCUUGUGCUCAUUGUGAGCCUUUCUUUGCACUCUGUGCUUGGCACAGGGGGGGCAAAGGGAUCCAAAACCCUUGCAGUAAGGUUGAUUUUCACAGGGUAAAGUGCUGCUUUUCUCAAAGCUGUCUCACUUGACACAUGAAUGUGACAAACACAGCAGCACUGAUGCAACCCCAGUGCCUGCAAAGCUCACGAGCUCCUGGACCGUUUGGGUGAGUGCAUGCUAGAGCCCUAUUCCUGAUUACAAAUUCUGGUCAGUUCACCCCUUCCCACCGCAGAGCCAAAUUCAGCCUCCAUUCAAAGCUCCCAGGGCAAUUUGAGGAGGAAGGAGGGCUUAGGCCAAGCUGACAUCAAGCUGAAAUGCAGAGCUUUGAACCUAAGGCAGCCCCCUUUCCCCAGAGCAGCAGGCACAUGGUGACAAAGCUGAUGACAGCAGAGCCAGCAGCAGCUCGUUACCUGAGAGUUCAAAAGCUGCUCUGACAGGGCGUGGAGUUACAGGGACUAUUUUUUCAUGCUGUAAUUUAACUCCGUGCAGUAACCUAACCCAGAUAGAGCCAUGGCUCAAGGCUGGCCGAGCACCCUCAAGCUCAAAGCUGUUCUCUCUGCAGGAUUUUUAAGGAGCAUAGAGAUGCGAUGGAGGUAGAGUCCAGCACGUACACAGACUUCAUUUCCUGCGACAGGGCUGGCCGGAGGAACGCUGUCCAUGACAUCCAGCGGGAUGCAAACACCAUCAGCAUGCGCAAGCUGACCAAGGACAUCGGCGAGCUCGGUGUCGAAGGGGCAGAGAGCAAAGAAGCCAGCACCUCUUCUGAGAGAGACCCUGCAGCAAGACCAAAGGAGCAAGAGAGCAAAUCCUCCCCAUGAGAGCGCACAGGGGGUGGGAUGGGGCUGCAGGAGGGGCUUGCUGUGAACGUUAAGCAAGAAUUUGUUAUUGAAUCUGUGGACAAAAGCCAACCAGGACCAGCAAGAUGUCUGUCACAUGCCUCUGCUGCAACCUUUUUGUUUCAAGAACUGCAAGACACUGCACAAGGACUGGCACCUCCAAAAGACUUCUGCUCCCAUCCCUGAUGACUUAGAGCAACACUGCAGUGUUUGUAGUGAUAUGAGCCAUUCUCAAGAUGCCUUAGCUGCAAUUUUCCCCUAUGGGAAAAAAAUAUUUCAGUAAUAAUAUACACUUUCCUGUCUGAGGUACCUUCCCCCUUUGCAAAUUUAGACUAUUAUUUAUUCUGUUUCUGUAGGUUAGAGGUUUAGAUGAUUGUUUUCUCCAUGCACUGCCCUUAUCCUGCAUCUCACCCCUGAGCUGGCCUCUGGACCAGGGCGGGCAGCAGCAGGCACCUGCCAGCCCUGCACCUCUGGCCAGACCCAUGCAGCCCUGGGAAGGACCAAAGCACAGCCCCACGUGGAUGAGCUCCACUGACAGACCCAGCAGCAUCAGCAUCUCUUCCUUUGGGUUUUAGCGUUUUAAGGUAUUGUUAAGGGGGGGAGGAGGGAGGGAGAAACAUUUUGCUGUUUUGACUGUUGAAAUUCAGGCUUAACUUUGCAAGCUGUUAGCUGAGAUUAUCUCUGGUAGGAUCUCACACCAUUCUUUUAGGAGACAUGUUUUGUGUUAAAGACGGUUUGAUAAAACUAUAUAAGCUGUUGGAAUAAACAACACAGCCUUUAAGUACUGAA